GCGGCCCCGACAGCAGCGCGUUCGCACGGGCAUGGCAGUGACCUCGCCGCGCCGUUCCCCUCGCUGAGUCCUGUCGAGCCCCCUGUGCCAGUGCCAUUACAAUUGCCAUGCCUCCCCAGGAGCUUCUGGAUUACGCGCCCGCCCUGCGGAGACACAGCCCGCCCCGGAGCAGCGGCCCGGAGCUGGGCAUCAAGUGCGUGCUGGUGGGCGAUGGCGCCGUGGGCAAGACCAGCCUGGUGGUCAGCUACACCACCAACGGGUACCCCGACGAGUACCAGCCCACCGCCCUCGACACCUUCUCCGUGCAGGUCCUUGUGGAUGGAGCCCCAGUCCGGAUUCAGCUGUGGGACACUGCUGGACAGGAGGACUUUGACUGUUUGCGCUCUCUUUGUUACCCUGACACCGACGUCUUCCUUGUCUGCUUCAGUGUGGUAAACCCAAGCUCCUUCCAAAAUAUUACUGAGAAGUGGAUUCCUGAGAUACGAACUCACAACCCCCGGGCACCAGUGCUGCUAGUGGGGACACAGGCAGACUUGCGGGACGAUGUCAAUGUCCUCAUCAGCCUGGAUCGCUACCAUGUGAAGCCCGUGCCGCGGCCUCAGGCAGAAGGUCUAGCUGACAAAAUCCGGGCUGAAGCCUACCUGGAAUGCUCAGCACUGACUCAAAAGAACCUCAAAGAAGUUUUUGACAUGGCCAUUGUCAGUGGUGUUGAGCACAAAGCCCGUCAGGAAAAGAAGAUGACCGCCAAAGGCAUCAAGACUCUCUCCAAGUGCCGCUGGAAGAAGUUCUUUUGCUUUGUCUGAAGCUGCUUUAAAGGAAGGAAAAG